AUUGCCGAUAAACAGCAAUUUAAUUCGCUAGAUUUUGGAAAAUGGCAACAAUUUAAAAUCGAACCAAGAACAAAAAUAAAUGGAUUGUUCGAUGUAUAUUCUAUGGUUUUUACAAAAUAUGCAACAACAAACCCAUUUGGUAAAAAGGAUGAACCAUUAAAAUUAACAAUAGUCAUGAAUCUAAGCAACAUACUAAACAUAGGCAAUUAUGUGACCAAGUUUCGAUCAUAUUCUCAAUUUAGUACAAAUGUAAAUUGCAUUGCUUUCGAAAGCUUUGACAACCUUACAAACGAAUUUACAGAAUAUAAAUUUGGAGACUGGAUUAUUGACUUUUUUUGUCUUAUUCCUAUCCAAAUUGCUGUUGCACAUGACAAUGAAUUUAUACCAAUUCGAGACGGAUUCUUAGAAGAAACUGAACAAAAUAUAUUUGAUGAUGGAUUUGGAUUAGUUGGUAACAUAUCAAAAGCCAUUUCAUUUGGAUGGUAUGAAUCUAUAUUCGAACAUUAUGCUGAUUUAGAAGUAAAAGUCAUUUCAUCUAUGGGAGAGCAAUCUUGCGGCAAGAGCUACUUGCUAAAUCAUUGUCUUGGUUCAACUUUCGAUGGAUCCGCCAUGCGUUGCACGGAGGGUGUAUGGAUGUCAUUAGGAAAGUUUUUACGCAUUAUUGAUUUCUUAAAAAUCAACGAAACUCUUUAUGUGGCACUUGAUUUUGAAGGAUUAGCAAGUAUUGAAAGAUCACCUCAAGAAGAAACAUUUUUACAGCUUUUGAAUGCGGCACUUUCAAAUCUUGUACUUUUUAAAAGCAAUUUUGCAGUUAGCAGAGAUAUUUCCUCCAUGUUUCAGCGUUUUCAAGAUGGAGCUAAUUAUUUUGGAGAUGAUUCUGACAUAUUUCAAGCAUGUUUUUGUAUAGUUAUUAAGGAUGUUGCGAAAGUCGAUAGAGAGGGAGUCAUUGAAGAAUUUCAUUUAAAAUUUGCGAAAAUUGUUGACAAA